AUGAUACAUAUCACGCUAGGACAAGCCAUCUGGGCCUCUGUCAGACCAAUUAUCAAAAUCUAUCUGAUUAUUGGUGUAGGCUUCGGUUUGUGCAAGAUGAACAUCUUAACAGUUCAGGCGACAAGAUCCAUCUCUGAUAUCGUUUUAACGGUUCUGCUUCCUUGUUUAUCAUUCAAUAAAAUCGUAGCAAAUAUAGAAGAUAACGAUAUCAAAGAUGUCGGCAUUAUUUGUCUUACGUCUGUUAUACUAUUUGCGACAGGCCUGGGGUUUGCCUUUAUUGUUCGCAGUACACUACCUGUUCCUAAGAGAUGGCGUGGGGGUAUACUUGCAGGUGGCAUGUUCCCUAAUAUCAGUGACUUACCGAUCGCUUAUUUGCAGUCCAUGGACCAAGGGUUUAUCUUUUCCCAAGCGGAGGGUGAAAAAGGUGUUGCCAACGUUAUUAUCUUUCUGGCAAUGUUUUUAAUAUGUGUGUUUAACCUGGGGGGUUUCAGACUAAUUGAAAACGACUUCCAUUACAAAGGUGACGAUGAUGAAGAAAACACUUUGAUCGAUCAAGACUCAGCGCAACAACCAACACCGCCCAUCGAAGAUAAUUCUUCCUCAUCCUCCAACCAAGAUAUCCUUAAAGAACCUAAUGAGUCAACCGUUCCAAAUAGUUCACGAGGAAGCUACAUUUCUGAGAAAAAUAAGAAAGGAAAACCAGAAAUUACUGGUCCUGAAUCUACACACACUAACUCUCCGGCCAUAGAUGACGAAAGCUCGAAUUCAUCCGCGAUGGUUUCUAUUGAUAGCAUUACACAUUCCCUACAUACGAACCGUAUGGAUGCCCAAUCCAUAAAUGGUCUCAAUGACCCUACAUAUAGAACCAUAAGCCAGCCUAUUGCAUACACUACGGAGUCAAGAACAGCGCAUGCACACAAUACCCGUAGAAAUUCUAUCACAGGUUCCUUACGCUCCGUAGAUAUGCGUGAACUACCCGCUGAAGAUAUGACAGAUUUGAUUCGCGAGUACUCUAACGUUGACCAGUACGGCAGGAGAAGGAAAAGCUCUGUCAGUUCCCAAAGGCCGCCCUCUGUCUUACAGGCAGACGGUGCGCUUUCUCCCAAUUUAACUAGGACUUCCACCUUACAAAGAGUCAAAACUUCUGAUCUAACAAGGAUUAUUACCUCAGAUGCCACCGUCAGUAAGAAAGAUAUCGAAACUUCAGGUUCAUCUUUACCAAAAUGGCUACAAAAGUUUCCCUUGACUAAAUUUUUUGUUUUUUUUCUAAAAAAUUGUUUGAGACCUUGUUCUAUGGCUGUUAUUCUGGCUUUAAUUAUUGCUUUCAUUCCCUGGGUAAAAGCUUUGUUUGUUACCUCAAGUCAUACCCCAAAGAUCAAACAAGCCCCGGAUAAUGCCCCUGCUUUGACAUUUAUUAUGGAUUUUACUGCUUAUGUCGGCGCAGCCUCAGUGCCAUUUGGUUUAAUCUUGUUAGGUGCCACUCUCGGUAGAUUAAAAAUUGGGAAAUUAUAUCCUGGUUUCUGGAAAUCUGCAGUGUUAUUAGUCUUUCUUAGACAAUGUAUCAUGCCCAUCUUUGGUGUUCUGUGGUGUGAUCGUCUAGUGAAAACAGGAUGGCUGAACUGGGAAGACGACAAGAUGUUACUGUUUGUCACCGCCAUUACCUGGAAUCUGCCAACAAUGACCACCUUAAUUUAUUUCACUGCAAGUUUUACUCCCGAAGAUGAAACUGAACCCGUUCAGAUGGAAUGUACCUCUUUCUUUUUGAUGCUUCAGUAUCCUUUAAUGGUCGUUAGUUUACCAUUUUUAGUUUCUUAUUUCAUAAAGGUUCAAAUGAAGUUAUAA